AUGGCGAGUCAAAGACGUGUCAAAUCUGCCAACAAUUUAGAAAAGAUUUAUCAAUGCAGUCGCGACAUACGAGAAUGUCGUCUAGGUGCUCUAUUUAUGGCUGAGAAAGAACAAGAGCGAGGGUAUCGAAUCAAUGCAACCGACGUUCAAAAUACUGAACAGAUUCAGAUACGAAUGAUCCGAUUACAUUUACUUCAACAGAAUGAAUUAAUCAGAGGCUAUUCGGGUGGUGUUGUCAAACGUGAAGUGCCAAAGAUACCGAAAUUUCCCGACAUUGGCAUGCCUGCGGAGAAAAAAUGGCCCAAGCCCGCUAAGAACAAUCAUUCGAUACGAAAAUAUACUAGCACAAGAUCAAAAGGCAACUCCGGUGCUCAUCGACCAACAUCACCAGUUCCAGUACUGAAAGUAGAACGCGUUGUUUUCGAAAAAAACCGAGCUGUCAUCAAUAUGAAAAUGCAACAAGCCGAAUCGAAUGAUGCCGAUGUUAAUGAUAAGAAUAAUAUUGUUGACGAUAUUGUUUACCCACCCGGAGUCAAAGAUCGUCGUCCAUAUGAUAUAGUUGCUAAAUAUCGAAAAUUAGCAGGAAAAACAACUGAUUUCACUGCCGAACCUCUUGACGUCGGCGAAGACAAAGCAGAAACAACUGUUCUCGGUUUAAGUAGUUUCGCUGAAGCACACAGUUGCGAGUUGAUAUUCACUGAUGAAGAGCAUCGAUUUGAUAAUAGUAUCUAUCGGGCUGCUUGCGGUGUAGCUGACUUAGGAAGUAUUCAUCUCUUGGCUACGGAUUCAGUUCAAACAGCAACGUUUUGCUUCUUUAUGAAUUUCGAUUUUAACAGUGAAUUCGAAGAAUCGUCAGAAAGAGUCGAAGCUUUCGUGGUCGACUUUUGUCAAGCAAUCGCGACAGUUCUCGAAUGUAAUACGAAUAAUGUUCGCAUGUUCUCAGUUGGUAAAAUGGGUAAAGAAAAGAACAAAAGUGAAGUGAACUUUGGAAUAACAACGGGAGAAACGAAAAAGACCGAGCAACUUGCAAAUGCAUUAAAAAGCCGUGCUCGUUCAGGUUUUACUAAUGAUAAAGUGCUUGAACGCGUUCUCGCGAAAGACUAUGAGUACGAAUGGAGAACAGCACUACAAGCUUUGAGAUUGCAAAUCAGCGAUCUUGAUCCUACGUAUAACUUUGACUAUAGACCUGACCAUACACCUAACGAAGAUAGUCGCGGAGGCCAUGCCUACUAUCUACCUCGUGGUUGGUACCGACAUGCUCUUCGGGUUGAACACAAGUAUGAAAAGGAUUCACAUUGGUUGGACAAUACAAAUGCGAAAGGUGAGUGGCCGGUCGCCUUCCACGGAACAAAAGAUUGGGCAGUAUCAAGUAUUGCUAAGGAAGGUUUGAAAACAACUGCCGUUAAAACUGAUGCCAUGCGAUUGGAAGCCAUUCAACAAAUGGGAAAUGAAGCGGAUCGUCCAGGUCUAUAUGUAGCCACGCAUUGUGAUGGUGGAGCAAGCAUUUAUACGGAAAAGUUCACCGUCACGCCAUUUCCAGACCAAACUGAAACCUUUCGUAUUGUUUUUCAAUGCCGUGUCAAACCCGAAAAGUAUACAGUUCAUACAAGCCCUGUGAAUCAAGGGCACGCAUGGCGUUAUGUUGACCCAAGUUCCAUCCGUCCAUAUGGUAUUUUGUUAAAAAAAGAGAACUAG